GGGGGUGUAAUUUGAACGCUACAUAAAAGAGUUGAUAUCAACUGGCAGAAAAUCUCAGGAGUAAAAAGCAACUUCGCCUCUAUCCUUCACAGAAAAUGGAUUUUCUGAUCACCUUUCUCGUUUCAUCCAUUAUUUCCCUUACAUUCAUGAUAGUUUUUGGGAAUGAAUUGUUAAGACAAAAGAAACCGAAUCCACCAUCUCCAUGGAAACUACCUUUCUUAGGCAACCUGCAUCAUUUGAUAGGCAAUUUGCCACCCCAUCAAAUCCUCAGGAAUUUAGCCCAGAAAUACGGACCCCUGAUGCACCUACAAAUCGGUGAAAUCUCUGCUCUAGUGGUAUCAUCCCCGCCCUUAGCUGAAAAGAUCUUGAAAACUCACGAUCUCUCAUUUUCGAACCGCGCUGAAUUUCUCAUUCUUAAAAUCACAAUGUAUGGUUGUUCGGAUAUAGCAUUUUCGCAGUACGGCGAAUACUGGAGACAGAUGCGUAAAAUAUGUAUCGUGGAGCUACUCAGCCCUAAAAAUGUCCGUUCCUUUGCAUCCAUUCGCCGCGACGAGGCUUUGAACCUCAUUGCAUCCCUCAAGGCUGCUGCUGCUGCAAAUUUAGGUGCCGGAGGGAAUGUAAUUCCCAUCAAUCUAACGGAAAGAAUUCGCGAAUACACGAGUUGUAUGGUUUCGCGGGCUGCAUUUGGCGGAGUGAGCAAAGAAAUUAGAAAGGCAUUUGUGAAGUUACUUAAGGACUCUGCUUCCAGGGAGAGUACAUUGGAUGUUGUUGAUUUGUUUCCAUCGUUUAAGAUUCUUCAUCCAAUCAUGUCGAGGAGGAACGAGAUGAUGAAGAUGCGAGAGAAGUUUGACGAGGUCUUGGAUAGGAUUAUUGAUCAACAUUGCGAAAAAUUUGCCCGGACAAAACAGGGGAUGGGGGAUUCAGGUCAAGAAGAUCUUGUUGAUGUUCUGUUGAGAGUCAAAGAAAGUGGUGAUCUCCAAGUCCAGAUUAGUAAUGAUAAUAUCAAAGCAAUCAUCAUGGAUGUAUUCAUAGGGGCAACUGAGAAUCCAUCCACAAUAAUGGAAUGGGCAAUGUCAGAGAUGAUCAGAAAUCCGAAUGUUAUGGCGAAGGCACAAGAUGAGAUAAGGAAAUCUUUUCGCGGAAAAGGAGCAAUCCAAGAAACUGAUUUUCAAGAUUUGAAGUAUUUAAUGUUAGUAAUCAAGGAGACUUUACGCUUACAUCCCGUCCUACCCAUCUUGGUUGGCAGAAAAUGCAGAGAGGAAUGCGAAAUUGAUGGAUAUAAAAUCGCUAUUAAUACAAUGGCUAUGAUCAAUGUUUGGGCGAUUGGAAGGGAUCCCGAGUACUGGGAUGAUCCUGAGAGUUUCAAACCGGAAAGAUUCGAAAACAUUUCUGCUGAUUUUACCGGAACCAACUUCAAGUACUUACCAUUCGGCGCAGGAAGAAGAGUUUGUCCUGGAAUUUCAUUUGGUUUAGCUAAUGUCGAGCUGGCUUUAGCCCUUUUGCUCUAUCAUUUUGACUGGAAACUACCAAAUGGCCUAAAUUCGGACGACUUAGACAUGAGUGAGACUGUUGGAAUUACGGUGACGAGGAAAAAUGACCUUCAAUUGCUAGCUACAUUGUAUGAAGAUCCUACCAAUAAUUGAUUUUUGAUCAAAUAAUGUACGCGUGUAAGAACCCUGCAACAUGGCGC